AUGGCGACCGGUCCCGCUACCCAAUCUUUGAAGUGUGUAGUCACAGGUGACGGUGCUGUUGGAAAAACAUGUCUCCUGAUCUCCUACACAACCAACGCUUUCCCUGGGGAGUAUAUACCGACCGUAUUUGACAACUACACGGCUAGUGUGAUGGUAGAUGGCCGACCGAUUAGUCUAGGACUCUGGGAUACUGCUGGACAGGAAGAUUAUGACCGACUUCGCCCGUUGUCCUAUCCGCAAACCGAUGUCUUUCUCAUCUGCUUCUCCAUCUGGUUCCCGGAGAUUGAACACCACGCCCCCAAUGUCCCCAUUAUCCUGGUCGGGACGAAGCUCGAUUUGAGAGACGAUCCAGCGACGACAGACGCCCUUCGGCAACGCAAGAUGGAACCUGUUUCCUACGAACAAGCCCUUGCCGUGGCUAAGGAAAUCCGUGCACACAAGUAUCUCGAAUGUUCGGCUCUGACACAGCGUAAUCUGAAGAGCGUCUUCGACGAAGCUAUCCGUGCUGUUCUCAAUCCACGACCCGCCGCGAAGCCGAAGAAGAGCAAAUGUCUGAUUCUGUAG